CAAAAGUGGCGGCGCUCGUACCCAUUGGUCCUCAAGAUAGUUGCCGUACCUUUUGGACAAAAUUAAAAUGAAAAUUUCUUGACUCCACACUGAGCAGGUUUUACUUUCACUUUUAGCUUUUUUUACCUUUACGAAUACAUGGCACCUCGCAACCUCUUCAAACAACUUGUCCAAAGAUUUUGCUGACGCAUAGAUGUUUCUGUAGAGAAAAUAAGAACGUAUAUUAUAAUUGAAAUAAAAUCUGUGUAAACGACUUCAGGCGCAUCAAGAACAGUAUUUAAUUAAACUUCUGUAGAGACAUAAGUAUCGAAAGACAAACACAACCUCCAAUCAUCAUGUUCGAUCUCAGCUCGAAGAGAACAAGUACCGCUUUGGUACAGCUCGUUUCUCUACUCCUCGCGGCGACACCGCACUCGCUGACGCCGACGUAUGCCUUGUCGGCUGGUACACCAGGUUCUUCGCCUUCAACAUCCAAAGCCGGCGCACACUGGAAGGCAGUCUAUGCCGCGGGUUUCCGGGCUGGCAGGAACUCCGUUCGCAAGCGCCAGUUGGUCGCGGAAAACCAGGACUCCUCUGGCGAUUUCCGCAACACUCCUGCUUCACCACAAUACGUUCAUCUUCCGGCGUCCACCUCGUACGCAACUACAUCAGCCGCUGAUCGUCCCGCGGGGGCUAGCACGACUGUUCCCUACAACGCGGUUGCUGGCUUGAGUGCCACGGACCCGGUGCAGGUGGUUCUUUCACGACCCCUCUGUACUACAGGCAGCAGGUUGCGACUAAAUGUAGGAUCUGAAGCAGCUUGCGACGAAGCUUCUGCUUCAUCCGCAGCUCCUGCAACAGCAUCGGAGGUCGAGGUAGUUGAUCGGUUCCAUUUGCAGCAGCAGCUGCCCAUCGCGCCAAAGACACAACGGAAGAUGAAGCUUGAGCUCCUCACGCUCUUAAACGAUAAUCCGACUUCUGCUGAUGAUUCCACUGGUGUUGUUGAACAACGGCCGAGCUUCGACGGCGCGACGACAGCCACCGGUGAUGUUUCCGCUAUGCCCUCGCGCUCGUCUCCCGAUUCUCAGCAGGAUUUUUAUGGCGCCGUGGAAAGUGGAACUCCAACUCCGAUAAUUAUGGCGGGCAACGGUGUUGAAGCCGCUUCUUCCUCGUCGGCACGAUCCAAGGCUUCUUCGAGGAGCGGGGGUGGAAGUAGCCGUGGCAGUCAGCGAGGAGAAGGGGCUGCACCUCUACUCAGGGGUCGUGAUAAUUCGACGUUUCAAUUCGACGAAGCAAAGCGGGAGUCCUUUGUAAACAACGUCGCGCAGUUGGUGAAAGAGACAGAAGAGGCUGAAAAUUAUACCGCAAACAAGCAGAAGUACGAAGACUGGCUCGACGCCCAGGAUUUCAGGAUAUCCAUUGUUUCACCUACUAGCGGAAAAAGGGAAGCUCUGACACGACCAGAGGAUACUAAUUUCGUUUUUCUUGGUGACAUAGAAGAAAACUCUCGCGAAAGUGAACAAGAGCGGUCGAAAUACAAAUUUCACCUCACCGGGCUAAAGGACGCGGCUGUGACCAUUGGGACCUCGAUCCAAACGAGUCUGAAAAAUAGUUUGUCGAAAGUGGAGAAAGAAAGAAACAGGGGCAAGGGGAAAAAUCAAAACAGCUCGGGAGCUGCUCUUCCGGCGCAGAAGGAGAAGCGCGUGGAUCCUGGGCUGGAAGCGGAGCUCGCGAAACGGAUCGGAAAGGCGUUGCACAGGGUUUUGACGGACCGGUAUAUGACGGACCUGUACAACAAGUACUUAUUGCAAGAAGUGUAUGACGGAAAACCACAAGGAAGAAAUUGGUCCUCACGCCAGAACUUGAUGCCCUGGUGGAUGAUGACAAGCUUCAAAGUAAAAAUCGAGACAGAGUUCUUCCCGCGUUGGUUUGGCUUCGCCGAGAUCUGUAUCAAAUGCAAAAAUGUCUGGGUCUGGAAGAAUGCCAGACUUGUCAUGCAGCUUUUCCGUGACCCAUUAGGUCUGGUAUGUAGGACAUAGCAUGACAGAUUCUUUGAGGUCUCUAUCAUGCCCAUACUGCAUGAGAAACUCCCACUCAACUCGGUCAAAAUGGGGCAACUUUUGGUAAUCAUGCAACACAGAUUUUUGCAUAAUCCAGACUCAGCAUGACAAGUUCCACUCUUCCAGACCCAGACAUAUUUGCAAUCCAUAAUCUGGGUAGACCAGGAGCUAGUGACGAAGACCGGAAAUAAAACUAUGGAUGCGAUGAAACAGCAGUUUUUGGAUCUGUUGAAACACGCUUUGUUUCUGUUCCAGCAGGACCUGAACGCUUCGCAUGUCUCCGCGCAGGACAGAAGAAAUAGCCCUCUGCGUUCUCUGGAAUUGGAGUUGCACGAGCAGUUGCAACUCGUUCCGAAAAUUACGCCGCACGUAGAGAAGAAAAAACCUGCGAGAACAGCUCCUGCGGUGGUGGAGGCACAACCUAAAGAGGAAGUGAAAUUCUACUCCCAGGACGAGGACGAGGAGAGGAAUUGGGGGAAUCUUGCCACAACUACCCCUAGUCCUGCGGCAACGAGGAGGCAGUUUCCGUCGGCUUCAUCUAUCCUCCGACUGCAGCACCGGGGGAAGCCGCACAAGCGAUAUUAGUAGACAGAGCUUGUCGCCGUGCGGAAAAACAAGGUUGGGAGUUGCUGCCCGUGCAGAAGGACGGAUCUCCUGAUUUUAUUAGGAAAAUUCAUGUCUUGGAAAAGAAUCUUGCUUCAAAAUUAAAGAAACACUACCUGCAACAAUCUGCUUUAUCGUGUGCGAAGCAUAGACAUAGAUGGCACAGCAUCACUUAUGGAGCAAGCAAAUUAAAGAACGGGUAGAAGAUUGAUGUUGUGACUUUUUAUAGAUGAGAAACAGAAAUUAGAACAUCACUCAACUAGAACUAACAUGAUGGAACCACGAAAGGAACAAUGCGGGGAAGAGGGAUUCUGAUUGUCUGGAAAAUCAAGUAACGGCGAAGAGUGCGACCGAACAGGAGCGGGAAGAAAGUGGCGCUGUGAAGGACGCAGCGUGUCACGAAGACAAUGCCCGUCUUUUUUACCGAAGGAGUAAAGACAAGCACCGAUUAGAAAUGCGUAGUAUUGAAGAGAGAUAGAUACUACCAGUCUUGUGAUUUGGAAUUUUUUUCCGCAACAAUUAGAA